UCAUCAUCAGUGAAACACUCACUGAAGUCUUACUCCAUUGCCUCCUCUGGAGUCCCAAAUCAUCCAGAGUUUAUGGCUGUUUCGGUGGUUGAUGACAUCCAGGUGACUUACUGUGAUGGCAGCAAUAAGAUAUAUGAACCAAGACAGGACUGGAUGAAAAAAUUACUUGAUGACAAUCCUCAACUCUGGACACGGGUCACUCAGGACUGUUUCGAGUUUCUACCUCCGUUCUUCAAAAUCGCACUGAACAGUUUUAUCCAGCUCUCCAACCACAGUGAAGGUGUUCACAUUUUACAGAGUAUGAUUGGUUGUGAAUGGGAUGAAAUGACUGGAGAGGUCACUGGUUUUACACGGUAUCAUUAUGAUAGAGAAGACUUCAUUGAACUGGAUCUCAAGACAUCGACAUGGACCGCUCUGAGACCAGAGGCUGAUAUUAUCAAACAGAAAUGGGAUGAAGAUACUCCUGGAAUAAAAGAAGCUGUGGAAUUCCUCACUCAGACGUGUCCUGAGUUGCUGAAGUUGAAUUUGAAGUAUGGGAACAACUCUCUGCUGAGAACAGACGUCCCCUCAGUGUCUCUCCUCCAGAAGACUCCCUCCUCUCCAGUCAGCUGCCACGCUACAGGUUUCUACCCUGACAGAGCCUUGAUGUUCUGGAGGAAAGAUAGAGAGGAGAUUCAUGAAGGAGUGGAACAUGGAGAGAUCCUCCCCAACCAUGAUGGAUCCUUCCAGAUGAAUAUUGACCUGAACAUUUCAUCAGUCUCACCUGAAGACUGGAGGAGGUACGACUGUGUGUUUCAUCUCCCUGGUGUGGAGGACGACAUCUUCACCAAACUGGAUGAAACACAGAUCAGAACCAACUGGGUUGAGAAGUCCAGUAACCAGACCUCCACCUCCAUCUCCAUCAUCAUCAUCUCUGCAGUGGUUGUUGUUGUUGUCGUCGUCUUUGCAGCAGCUGCUGGAUUCAUGGUUCAUAGAACCAAGAGGCUCCACCUGAUAUCUGAGUCCAGUUUAAGGCUGUCCUUCUUCAGAGGAAACAUGAAUGAAUACGGUGUUCACAUUUUACAGCUUAUGCAUGGCUGUGAAUGGGAUGAAGAGACUGGAGACGUUACUGGUUUCAUGCAGUAUGGUUAUGAUGGAGAAGACUUCAUUUUGGUUGAUAUGAAGAAAUUAAAAUGGAUCGCUCUCAAACCUCAGGCCAUGUCCACCAAAUUGAAAUGGGAUUCAGACAAAGCUAGAAUAAAAAUCAAUGAGCAGUUCUUCACUCAGACUUGUCCUGAGUGGUUGAAGAUGUAUUUACACUAUGGGAAGAGCUCUCUGUUGAGAACAGGUCACUUUUUCAAAAACCCAGUUCUUUCUACGUCAGGUUGCAGCCCUGUUCAGCUCGCUGCCGCUCUGGACUCGCUCCCAUCCCGGACCCCCUCCAGCCCUCAGCCUUAG